GUCAAGUUCGUAACGAAACUAGUUUGCCGGUAUAUAAGCGCCAAACGACCAACACUCCUAAUUGGGCAUUUCUUUCAUCACAUCAAAUCAUGCGCAUGUUGUGGUUAACCGUGGCCGGUGUGGCCCUCGCCGCCUGUGUGGGCAUAAUCCAGGGUCAGAGUUAUAGUGGCGGUAGCAGCGGUGGUAGUUACGGAGGCGGCGGUGGUGGUGGAUACGGCGGUGGCGGCGGCUGGGGAGGUGGCGGCGGUUACGGAGAUGGUUUCUAUGGCGGUGGAUUAGGCUUUGGUCUGGGCUACCCGUUCAUCUGGCCAUGGAUGUUCGGAUGGCCCUGGUUGGGCGCCUGGGGCUUGGGAGGUUUCGGAUACGGUGGUUUCGGCGGCUAUGGCGGUUUCGGUGGCUAUGGUGGUUUUGGAGAUUUUGGAUUCUUCAAGAAGAAGAAGAAAUAAGCGCCCAAGUCAUUUCUCAGUUUUGUGAUGAUCCUCUUUAUUUAUUGCUGUUUUUAAAUUUUUUUAUUGUGAAAAGAUUUAAUAUAAGAAUAUGGUUGGAAUAAAAAGAAAACAAUAAUAAUAAUCUGCAGG